AUUGAAUGCGUCUGUUUCAGUCAGCUGGCGUGUGAAAAGAGCAAUAUUUUCCCUGUAAAGUAAGCGAUAUCAUCAUCAGUGAUUCUACUUCUAUAUGUAUUGGAUUUACAGUCACUGUUCAAGAUGUACUUGUACUAGGUUAAUAAGAGUCUGCCUUGGUGUAGUAUAUAUCCGAGUCUCUGCAGGAUGCACCCAUCUGACAAGUCUGAUGUGAUUAACUCACCAACCAAGUCUCUUGCAGAUGCACCAUUUCUAUACUCUUAUUUGGGAACACCGAUCACUGAUCAUGAUCAACAGUCAUCCGGAUUUGACUGGAGGACGUAUACCGGAAGAAAUCCUCAUCAACAUUACACUAAUAAUGCUAGUAAAAACAAAAGAAGUCAACGUAAACAACUCGUACCACCUCGUCCUAUUGAACCAAGUAUUGACUGUGCUCCAGUAAUUAAAACGUAUGUCCGUCGAACGGCUAAGAAAAGUCCCAAAAAACAUCCAUGUAUGCAAUGUGAUAAAACAUUUGCCUCAAGAUGUCAUUUAGAAAACCACACAAGAACACAUACAGGUGAGAAGCCAUAUCUAUGCGAGUAUGGGGACUGUGCAAAAAGGUUUGUACAACAGGCUCACCUGAAUUACCAUAUGAUGACUCACUCUAGGGAGAAACCAUUUGCGUGUCCGGACUGCGGGAAGAAGUUUCCCAGACAAGAUAACUUGAAAUAUCAUUCUUGGACACACAUGCAAGAUAAAUCCCACAAUUGCCAGCAGUGCGGGAAAGACUUUGCUCACAAGCGACAACUGUACAACCAUCUGAAGACGCACCGAGAAGUGAAGCCGUUCAAGUGUGGAGAGUGUGGGAAAAGAUUUUCACAGAAAUGCCACAUGGACUGCCACAUGACCAUCCAUACUGGCGAAAAACCAUACCAGUGUAUAGAGUGUGGACGGUGCUUUGCUGUUACAUAUCGUUUAAAGAAUCAUAUGAGAAUACAUACAGGAGAGAAACCAUACCAGUGCACAGACUGCGGGAAAUGUUUUGUUCACAGCAGCGAUCUCUCUCACCAUAAGAAGACGCAUACUGGUGAGAAACCACACAAAUGUACAGUGUGCGAGAAAGGUUUCUCACGAAAGACAUCUUUAACCGAACACCUGAGGGUGCACACUGGUGAAAAACCAUACCUUUGUGAGGUUUGCAAUAAGCGCUUCUCAUACAAACAGAAUCAGCGUAGCCAUAUAGCACGAAUGCAUGCGAACAAGAUACUGUGGAAUUGUUCACAGUGUACGCUAAGCUUUGAAAUUCUAACUGACUUGGAAGAACACAAGAAAAGCCAUGCAAACGUAAAAAUGCAUGAUUUACACGUACAGAGUGAGUUGUCUCUCAUACCAGAGUUGAUAUUUUUAUUUCCCAGCUUCAGAAAUCAACACUUUGGUAAACCAUCACAAGAUUACUAUGAACAAUAUAUGCUGGACAAAGUUGGUGUCAUUAGGAAAAUAGCACAACGUGUCGCAGAAAUGCAUAAAGAGGAAGUCUUCCGAGUUGAUCACUUCUUUUAA